CUCAAAUGUCUCAACACGUUGUUAGAUGAGAAGUUGGAGAAGAAUUUAAAGCACUAACACAUUACGCUGUAUGUAUGUAUGUAUGUAUAUAUAUAACUCUCUCGAUCUCCCACUUCACAUUAACAAAUCAAACAAAGUCAUCUUUGAUAUAUAGUUCAAGCAAAGAUGACUGGUUCUAAGCUUUUAGUAGUUUUGGUUCUUAGUGUUGUUGUUUUCACUACUACUAGUGCUAGAAAGGGCUCUUUUGAGGAUCAGAAGAACUUGUUUCACCACCGUGGAGGCGGCGGACUAGGUGGUGGAGGUGGUGGUGGGUUUGGUGGUGGAGGAGGGGUAGGUGGUGGUGCUGGUGGUGGAGCUGGGUUUGGAGGAGGUGCUGGAGGUGGAGCUGGUGGGGGACUUGGAGGAGGAGCUGGAGGAGGAGGAGGGUUUGGUGGUGGUGGUGGUGGAGGAUUAGGUGGUGGAGCUGGUGGUGGUGCUGGAGGUGGAUUUGGAGCUGGUGGUGGUGCUGGCAGUGGGAUUGGUGGGGGAGCUGGAGGAGGUGGUGGGUUUGGAGGUGGUGGUGGAGCUGGUGGGGGACUUGGUGGUGGAGCAGGUGCUGGUGGAGGGUUUGGUGGUGGAGCCGGUGCUGGUGGUGGGCUUGGAGGUGGAUGGCACUAAAUGCAUUGAUAUUAAGCAUAUUUUUAUUAUGUUUUAAGCUAUUGUGAGUGACCUUGAUGGCUCCAAUUGUAUGUCAAUGAGCUCUAAUAUAAGAAAUAAAGUCUUUAAAUUCUCAUAA